CGUUGCUUAUAAUGAUAGUGUAAAAUGGUAAAAUGCAAUGUGUAACAAUCGAUAAAGAUAGAUAUCGAUAAGACAUUUGAGUUGGAAGAGCCUGUUGAUUGUGGAAGAAUUAAUUAACUUGUGCACAAAAUGAUGCGUUUUUUGCCGAAUACCCUUAAAUUAUGUACCCGCACUUUUAAUGUUCGUUACGCUAGUACCGCAUCGCAGGAAUAUGUAAAGGUCUCGAAUAAUGGUGGUGUGCGCGAAAUUACUUUGUGCCAUCAGAGCACACGUAACUCUCUUUCGAUGGCCAUGAUGAAUGCCCUUCAUAAAGAUCUUGUUAAGGAUCCCGAUGACACCGAACUUCGCUGCAUAGUGCUAUCGGCUGAAGGCAAGAUUUGGUCAGCUGGUCAUAACUUAAAGGAGCUGCAGGCCAAUGAUUCUGCAUACCGAAACGAAGUCUUUCAAAAGAUCACUGACAUCAUAUUGGAUAUACAGAAGUUGCCAGUUCCCGUGAUAUCCAAAGUAAAUGGCAUGGCUGCAGCGGCAGGUUGUCAGCUGGUUGCGUCCUGUGAUAUAAUCGUGGCUUCAGACAAGAGCACCUUCUCCACGCCCGGCGCUAGCGUUGGAGUCUUCUGCAAUACUCCCGGUGUGGCAAUUGGUCGCGUCAUGUCGCGUCCCAAAUCGGCAUAUAUGCUAAUGACUGGUCUGCCAAUUACUAGCCAAGAGGCUUACGUAGCUGGAUUGGUCACGAAAGUGGUGGCCGAAAAGGAUUUGGAUCAUACCAUUGAUGAAAUUACAAGGGCCAUUAAAAGCAAGAGUCGUGCAGUAAUUAGCUUGGGAAAGCAAUUUUACUAUGAACAACUAAACCUGCCACUUAAAGAUGCCUACAAAUGUGGUCAGAGCAAAAUGAUGGAAAACCUGGAAUUGGACGACUGCAAAGAAGGUUUAACAAGCUUCAUUGAAAAACGUCAUCCUGUGUGGAAGCAUAAGGCGUAAAUGAAUUUGAUGGAAAAGUUAAUUCUCAUUCAUUUCAACCAUCAUGAUCAUCCGUAUUUCAUUGCUUUCCAAUUGCAGUCUUCAUAAUCUGUUGGGUAAGUAAACAUGGAUUCCACAUACUUCCUUCUUUAAUUUCAAAAAAGUAGUAAAAGUAUUUAAAUAAAAUACUUUUUCUCCCAUUGGUAAAUUCACCAAAUCUUGAAUGUAUGAAUAUAGGAAUGGUGAAUGUACGAUUCUAAAGCUUGCUUAAAAAUUAAAUAAAACCAAUUUACGUGCUUUCGAAAAGUAUGCUCAAUUCUUAUUUUGUGUGUCGUUUAUUUAAAAUGGGUGAGUUGAAAUAUGUUGCAAAUAUUUGAAUGUAAAAUAUACAUUUAAAUAAAAAAUAUCAAAAUCAUAAUUUUAUGCUGGCAGUUUUGUUUUUGAGUGUGUUGUAUAUAAAUCCAAUUUUUGGUUAAGUCUAUAACCUCAAAUAUUUGUGAGUCUUUUUACCGAAUCCCUAUGUGUGUUUUUCAAUGUUUUAAUGGUCGGAAGUAGAAAAUUCUUGAGGCUAGACGAAUGCGUAAUAAAAAAAGAAAAAUAAUACAAAAAAACUAAAAAAAUGAACUGAAUAUUUGCGUUAUUUUCUGUAUUGUGUAGUGUUGUUUAAAUAUUUAGAACUCUUCGCAUUGGACUAAAGAUAGUUGAAUAUUAAACUUAUAGGAUGUGGACAUAUAUAGUAGUAUAUAUACAUACAGAUAUAUAGUAAGAUUUUAGAGUAUACAUAUG